UCUUUUGCUUGCCUGGGUUGAUGAAAGACAUCAUUGAAAAGCUAAAGGACCAGAUUACUUGAUGACGCGUCUUGUCUUGCUAAGACAACUCUGUCCUACUCGUGUUAGCAGAGAAGGCCUGCUGAAGACCUCAUUGGUCAAGGAACUCCAGAGAAGGUCCAGAAGAAGAGUCUUCUCUGCUGCAGUGCUGGACUUCUGGAACAUCCUGUGCCCUGGGGUGAGAUUUAUCCCCACUCUCCUACCCUUCUGCAACAGCCUGAAGACCUGGCCCUGACGGAGACCUGGGGACUCAAUAGGAGUGUACAUCUUUGGAGAUAACGUAUUAGAAAGCUAUGAAUAACUACAAUCACAGUCUAAUUACAAUGGUUGAAAAUAGCCAUCCUGAAGAAUACCGAAUUUCAUCACUUGUCUUCUACAGCUUCAUUUUUACAACUGGCUUAGUUGUAAACAUUACAGCUCUCUGGGUCUUCAGCUGUACCACCAAGAAGAAAACAACUAUAACUAUCUACAUGAUGAAUGUUGCGUUGCUUGACUUGUUGCUUAUAUUCACCUUGCCUUUUCGAAUGCAUUAUUAUGGGAAACGCUCUUGGAUCUUUGGAGAUGUCUUCUGUCGGAUUCUUAGUGCUUUCACUAUUUUUUACCCCAGCAUUGCAAUAUGGUUGUUAGCUUUUAUAAGCAUUGAUAGAUGUCUGGCUGUAGUUCAACCCAAAUAUGCCAAGGAACUCAAGAACACAAACAAAGCUCUGAUGGCUUGCACAACACUUUGGAUCUUAACUCUUGUGACAACUUCUCCACUGCUUUUCUUAUAUUCUGAUCCAGACAAAACUUCAAAUUUCACUACCUGCAUAAAGAUGAUGGAUAUUAUCUACCUAAAGGAAGUCAAUGUAUUAAAUUUUUGUCGGUUAAUAUUUUUUUUCUUGAUUCCCAUAUUUAAUAUGCUUGGUUGUUAUCUAGUCAUCAUUUAUAGUAUAAUUCGUGGAAGAACUUCCAAGCUGAAACCAAAGGCUAAAGAAAGAUCGAUCAGAAUCAUUGUAACACUAAUUACCCAAGUGCUUGUAUGUUUUGUGCCUUUUCACAUUUGUUUUACAUUUCUGAUGCUGCAAAAUGGAGAAGCAAGCUACAAUCCUUGGGGAGCAUUUACCACCUUCCUCAUGAAUCUCAGCACAUGUCUAGAUAUAAUCCUUUACUACCUAGUUUCUAAGCAAUUUCAGGCCCGAGUUAUCAGUGUUAUGCUUUAUCGUAAUUAUCUUCGAAGUGUUCGGAGAAAAAGUAUACGAUCUGGUAGUGUGCAUUCAUUAAGUAAUAUUAACAGUGAGAUCAUAUAAAGUAAGUAAAGCAAUACAAUACAAUAUAAAUACAUUUCAAAGUGAUACCAUAUACAUGCAUUACGUAAAGCUUAGAAUGAACUCACAUUUCCAAUAAAUGUA